UACUAGUGUCAAUUUCACGUCAAUUUCGAAUAAUCCGCGAUAACAAUAACAAAUUUUUCAAAUUACCUAGUCACUAUGGUUUGAGGGAUUUGACUUUCUUAUUAUUUUAUUAUUAAACAUUAUGCAAAUUGAAUCAUUAAAAAACAAUUGCGUCUCAUAUACCAGGAUAUAUACUUUAUCUUUAUGCAAUGCCUUCUAUUAAUUCUGAUUAUAGUUCCUACAUCAUAGGAUUAACAUUAGCGAUAUCAUCUAGCAUUUUUAUAGGGUCUAGUUUUGUGAUAAAAAAAAUUGCUUUGAAAAGAAUUACAGCUAAAGGAAACCUUCGAGCAUCUGCUGGCGGAUUUUCUUAUUUGAAACAAUGGAUGUGGUGGUUGGGAUUAGCAACAAUGGGUCUUGGAGAAGCAGCAAAUCUUUUGGCUUAUGCUUUUGUACCAGCAUCAUUAGUUACCCCCCUGGGUGCAUUAAGUAUACUUGUUACAGCAAUCUUAUCAUCUAAAUUUCUUGAUGAAAAGCUGCAUUUUGUGGGAAAGAUUGGGUGCAUUCUUUGUGUAAUUGGAUCUGUGAUAUUGAUUCUUCAUGCGCCAAAAAGUGAUGUUAUUACCAACUUCUCCGAUAUAGUAGCUAGAUUAAGCGAUAGCAUUUUUAUAUUUUAUGUAUGUACUGUUUUUGUUUUAGUUGUAAUUGUCAAAACAUUUUUUGUUCCAAAUUAUGGGAAAACAAACAUAACUAUUUAUUUAAUUAUUUGUUCAGCUAUAGGUAGCCUGACUGUUGUCUUUUGUAAAGCAGUGGCUUUAGGUAUUAAAGAGGGAGUCAAUAUUUAUGAUACCAGCAUUUACACAUUUUGUGUACUGCUGGUAAUGGCUGUUUGUGGAAUAAUGGUACAAUUAAAUUAUUUAAAUAAGUCAUUAGAUAUUUUUAGCACAACUAUUGUUACACCAGUGUAUUAUGUUAUGUUUACAACAUUAGUAAUAUUAGCAUCCAGUAUUUUAUUUAAAGAAUGGCAAAGUAUGGCGAACAGUGAUGUUAUUGGUUGUGUAUUUGGUUUUCUAAUGUUAAUUAUAGCCGUAUUUACUUUAAAUAUGUUUAAGGAUUUAAAGAAUGUUCAGUAGAAAUAAUUCAUAAUAUGACAAUUAUGCAUUUUGUUGAAUGAAUGAAUAAAAACAACAACAAUUUAAA